CUCUUUGUGUAAAUCUGAAACCAUCCCAUAAAGGCAAUCAACUCUGUAAGUCUUUGACUAUAUCACACUAUUCGACCUUUCUGUGUAAAUAUAUAGCCAUACAACACAACUAAGACCUUUAUUUGUAAAUCUUUAACCAUACCAUACAACUAAGACGUUUGUGAGUAAAUCCAUCCCCAUCCUACACAACCAAUACAACCAGCUAGAUGUAAGAGCCUUGACCGUAUUUCCCUAGCCGUACACCAUGUGUUGAGACGAUACGCAAUGUGAGAAAACACAUCCUCAGGGAAUUCAACGCUCGUGACUUAACUCACCACACUUAACAAUGGAGGGCGGUGUUGACCAACACAAAAACUUAACCACCACCAACACCACCAACAGCACCAACACCACUACCGAGUGCUGGAACGAAUACUGCUGGGACGAGGACACCUACUACGACGCCAUCUACACACACAUCGCCCCGAAGGACUAUGAGUGGUUUUUCAUCAUCCUCUACAUCGUCACUUUCAUCGUCGGGCUGGUAGGGAACACGCUCGUCUGCUUCGCUGUGUGGCGAAACGAGGCCAUGCGCACCAUCACCAACGUCUUCAUCGUCAACUUGGCCGUCGGGGACUUUCUGGUCAUUCUCAUCUGCCUGCCCCCCACCCUCAUUCAGGACGUGACGGAGACCUGGUUCCUGGGGACGGCUGUCUGUAAGGCGGUGCUGUUUCUACAGUCGACCUCGGUGACCGUGUCAGUCCUGACCCUGAGCGCCAUCGCCGUGGAGAGAUGGUGGGCCAUCUGCUACCCCCUCAGGUUCAAGAGCACCCUGCCCCGGGCCCGCAAGAUCAUCCUCAUCAUCUGGAUCGUCGCCUUCCUCGCCUCCCUGCCGGAGCUCAUCGUGGCCCACGCCUUCCCCUUUCAGUUUCCAGCCCCCAUCUCAUCCUCGCUCUUUACUCACUGCAAGCCAGCUUGGGACAACCUGAACCAAGGUGUCUACCAAAUUUUUGUGGUUGUGUUUUUUUACCUUCUGCCAAUCGUCUUGAUGACCUUGACCUACACGCACAUAGCCACUGUGCUGUGGAGCCGUGAAAUACCUGGGGAUGUGGUGGGGAGUAAAAAAUCAGGGCGCAAACCCAUGCUAGACAGUAACCGGAAGUCACAGGAGGAGCAGAUUAUGGCGAGGAGAAAGGCGGCCAAGAUGCUGAUUGCCAUCGUCGUCAUGUUCGCGUUGUGUUACCUGCCUGUCCAUCUCAUGAGUCUACUCAGAUAUUUCAACGUGGUCUAUUCCGGCAACAAGUCUGACGCCCAGAUUGCUGACUCCCUGAUCGCCCAGUCGUUGGUCAACCACUGGCUCCCGUACUUCAACUCGGCGCUCAACCCGGUCAUCUACAACUUCAUGAGUGCCAAGUUCAGGAAAGAGUUCAAGGCCGCUUGCUACUGCUGUUUCUCCAAACUGGGCAGACGACCACUGAACGUCCGCCGCGACCACACCUUCACCAUGACAUUCUCCAACAGCAACUACAGCAACUGCCACACAGAGGAAGUGACGAUGGCCAGUAUCUGACGCCAUCGAUGACGUCACGCCUGACCCCUAAAGCCCACGGCGCCAUCAUGUCGACGAGGGCUGUUUUUUAACUGAGAAAAUAAAAGUUUGUUGAUCGGCUUUUUAUUAUACUGUUGAUCCGUGAAACAGAAUGCUGAUUUAAGAAAAAACAGUACAUAAACUGAGGUGUUGAUUCGAGGAUUGGAUGAAUCAAAGGGGGAACAGAGUUAUUUCCCUUCAUCCCUAUGUGUUACGUUCGCCUCACAUGGGAGGUAACUACUCAAUAAUGUUUCGGUGGCCGGAAAGAACC